GGCGGCUAGGGGCUCGGAACCCGGUCGGAGCUGCGGGGGGCGGGGAGUGUGGCGAGAAAUGGGGAACAAUGCGAGUGAGCAACUUGAGGAAGUCAUUGUGAAAGAAAGCUGGGAAUUGCUCCGCGGCCAACUUAGCAGGGCACUCUAACAAGUGCCUGCGCGGCCGCGCCCGGGCCGGCGACAGCAGCAACCCGGCGCAGUGCAGCCCAUCCCGGGACACUCGGCCCGGGCAGGCGGAAACCGGGUAGGUCCCGUGGGGUGCAGGAGCCCCAGAUCCCCAGCUGCUCUUCGCGCCCCAGGAUCAGUCUUGGCCCCCAAAGCGCGGCGCACAAAUCCACAUAAUCUGAAGACAAUGGAUGCUGAUGAGUGUCAAGACAUGUCCCAAGUUUCAGGGAAGGAGAGCCCCCCAGUCAGUGACACGCCAGAUGAAGGGGAUGAGCCCAUGCCUGUCCCCGAAGACCUCUCCACCACCUCUGGAGCACAGCAGAACUCCAAGAGUGAGCGAGGCAUGGUUGCAUAUGGGGCUGAUGGCUUUAGGGAUUUUCAUGCAAUAAUUCCCAAAUCUUUCUCUCCCAGUAAUGUUAAAGUAGAGACUCAGAGUGAUGAAGAGAAUGGGCGUGCCUGUGAAAUGAAUGGGGAAGAAUGUGCAGAGGAUUUACGAAUGCUUGAUGCCUCAGGAGAGAAAAUGAAUGGCUCCCACAGGGACCAAGGCAGCUCGGCUUUGUCAGGAGUUGGAGGCAUUCGACUUCCUAACGGAAAACUAAAGUGUGAUAUCUGUGGGAUCAUUUGCAUCGGGCCCAAUGUGCUCAUGGUUCACAAGAGAAGUCAUACUGGUGAACGGCCUUUCCAGUGCAACCAGUGCGGGGCCUCCUUUACCCAGAAAGGCAACCUGCUGCGUCACAUCAAGCUGCACUCGGGCGAGAAGCCCUUCAAGUGCCAUCUCUGCAACUAUGCCUGCCGCCGGAGGGAUGCCCUCACCGGCCACCUGAGAACGCACUCUGUUGGUAAGCCUCACAAAUGUGGAUACUGUGGCCGAAGCUAUAAACAGCGAAGCUCUUUAGAGGAACAUAAAGAGCGAUGCCACAACUACUUGGAAAGCAUGGGUCUUCCGAGCACCAUGUACCCAGUCAUUAAGGAAGAAACUAACCACAGUGAGAUGGCAGAAGACCUGUGCAAGAUAGGAGCAGAGAGGUCCCUUGUUCUGGACAGACUGGCAAGCAACGUCGCCAAACGUAAGAGCUCUAUGCCUCAGAAAUUUCUUGGAGACAAGUGCCUGUCAGACAUGCCCUAUGACAGUGCCAACUAUGAGAAGGAUGAGAUGAUGACAUCCCACGUGAUGGACCAGGCCAUCAACAAUGCCAUCAACUACCUGGGGGCUGAAUCCCUGCGCCCGCUGGUGCAGACACCCCCUGGCAGCUCCGAGGUGGUGCCUGUCAUCAGCUCCAUGUACCAGCUGCACAAGCCCCCCUCAGACGGCCCCCCACGGUCCAACCACUCAGCACAGGACAGCGCUGUGGAGAACUUGCUGCUGCUGUCCAAAGCCAAGUCUGUGUCAUCGGAGCGGGAGGCCUCUCCGAGCAACAGCUGCCAAGACUCCACGGAUACGGAGAGCAACGCUGAGGAGCAGCGCAGUGGCCUCAUCUACCUGACCAACCACAUCACCCCGCAUGCGCGCAACGGGCUGGCCCUCAAGGAGGAGCAGCGCGCCUACGAGGUGCUGAGGGCUGCCUCAGAGAACUCGCAGGAUGCCUUCCGUGUGGUCAGCACGAGUGGCGAGCAGCUGAAGGUGUACAAGUGUGAACACUGCCGUGUGCUCUUCCUGGAUCACGUCAUGUAUACCAUCCACAUGGGCUGCCAUGGCUUCCGGGAUCCCUUUGAGUGUAACAUGUGUGGUUAUCACAGCCAGGACAGGUACGAGUUCUCGUCCCAUAUCACGCGGGGGGAGCAUCGCUACCACCUGAGCUAAACCCAGCCAGUUCCCACAGAAGCACAAAGAGAGCUGCCUAUGCCUCCCUCCUCCCGGCAGCUGGACCCAUGGCAGACAAUGUUGGUUGUGGAUUUGCAGGCGGCAUCUGUUCUUUUAAGUUGGUUGUUUGAGAUUUGAUUUGUGUUAGAAGACCAAGUUUUGAUUGUUAGAGACAGGAUUGCAUUGUAUCGGGAACAUUCAGAACAUCCAUCCUUCUAGACGGUUUUGUUGACUGCUAGCUGAGAUUUUCCUGACACUCCCCAUCCCCCACCCAAAAACAAAACAAACAAAAUUCACAGCCUGAAUUUUCAGAGAGUUGAAUAAAACAAUUAUCCAAGAAGGAGCAAGUGGAUCGUGCCCUAAGCACAAAGCUGUUAUUAAGUUAUAUACUGCAUGGGAACAUGGUGUCUGGACAAGUUGUGCACAGUGCUGCUCUCGGCAAGAAGGGAAGGGAUUGGAAAGCCCUGUAGAGUCCUCAUUUGCCUGGUCACACCCAACCUCCUGAGGCUUGUUGCCCAGUAAGAUGAGCUCAGUGCUCCUGUGAGCAUUUUUCUGUUGUUGCUCCCAUGCUGUUAAUGGUCUCCGAGCUCACUGCUGCAUCUUAGAACCCAAUCCUGAAAUUGAGACCUUACUUUAAACUUCUCACACUGUAAAAGUCCUCAGAAGCCAAAGCAUUCUCUCAAGCCCCAGUCUCAGUUGUCUGGGUUCCUAUUCUUCCCUGGGCUAAUAGCACCUGGGAUGGGGACCCGUGAUCCCCUGGAGCCCAACCCUUCACUUCACUUCAGUCGAAUCCCUGUCCCUAUUACAGUUGUGGAGCUAGCUAUCUUAGUCUGAUCAAUGUCUUUCCCUACUCCCACUGUAUGUUAUUUUUGUUUGAAACCUAUAAGACCAUUGUUUGGAAUGGCCACAUUUAGAUGGAGGAAAUAUAUGAUGCCAGCAUCUCCAUGGCUAAAACACAGAAUAUCCCUGUUUGGUUUUUUU